CAGCUCCGCGGUGGAGUCUUUUUUUUUCUCGCUCUCUCUGACUUUCCUUCUCCACAGAGUGAACCUGCACGCUCUGCUCUCUCAGUAUGAGGAUGGGGAGAAGUCCUUUGACAGUGUAUUUGGUGUCUGCUGCCUUCCUGGUCCACGUGACCUUGCAAGGGGAGCACCAGCGGCGUCUAUAUAAGGAUCUCAUGCAGCAUUAUAAUCCUUUGGAGAGACCUGUUUACAACGACUCUCACUCCCUGACAGUUCACUUCAGUUUCAGCCUUAUGCAGAUCAUGGAUGUGGAUGAGAAGAAUCAGGUUUUAACAACUAACAUCUGGUUGCAACUGUACUGGACGGAUUAUUAUCUGCAGUGGAACCUGAGUGACUAUCCCGGAGUGUCCAAUGUAAGGUUUCCUGAUAAUCAGAUCUGGAGACCUGACAUUCUGCUCUAUAACAGUGCUGAUGAGAGGUUUGAUGCCACUUUUCAUACCAAUGUGCUGGUCAACUCAUCUGGCUACUGCCAAUAUCUACCCCCAGGAAUAUUUAAGAGCACCUGCUACAUCGAUGUGCGCUGGUUCCCCUUCGAUGUCCAACGUUGUGAUUUGAAGUUUGGAUCUUGGACGUAUGGAGGCUGGUCUCUGGAUCUGCAGAUGAUGGAAGCAGAUGUCACAGGCUACAUAGCUAACGGAGAGUGGGAUCUAGUGGAGGUUCCAGGACGGAGGAAUGAGAGGUUUUAUGACUGCUGUAAGGAGCCAUACCCUGACAUUACCUUCACAUUGGUGAUGAGAAGGAGAACGCUAUACUACGGCCUGAACCUGCUCAUCCCCUGUGUGCUCAUCUCCACCCUCGCACUGCUGGUGUUUCUUUUGCCUGCUGACUCAGGGGAAAAGAUCUCUUUAGGAAUCACUGUUUUGCUGUCGCUGACUGUCUUUAUGCUGCUUGUAGCUGAAAUCAUGCCAGCGACAUCAGAUUCAGUGCCUCUGAUUGCUCAGUACUUUGCCACCACUAUGGUCAUUGUUGGGCUCUCAGUUAUUGCAACAGUACUUGUGCUACAAUAUCAUUUCCAUGACCCAGAAGGUGGAAAGAUGCCAAAAUGGACUCGUGUGGUGCUGCUGAACUGGUGUGCCUGGUUCCUACGUAUGCGACGCCCGGGUGAGCAUCAAUCAGCCUGUCACAACAAACCGCUUCACAGAAGCAGCGUCUCCAGUGUGGAGCUGUGUGUUGACCAGGGAACAGUGCAAACCUCCAACACCAACUCACUGUUCAUCGGCUUCAGAGGCACAGAGGGAGUUCACUGCUCCAGCUCAGCUGAGCCAGCGCUGAUCUGUGGUCCGUUAGGGGCCAGGCUUGGAGACGGGCACCCCAGAGGUAUCGUAGGAGGGCCUGCUGUGACUGAUGUAACAAAAAUUCUAGAGGAAGUUAGGUACAUCACGAGGAGAUUCCGGAGCCGGGAUGAAAAUGCGAGCAUGUGCAAUGAGUGGAAGUUCGCCGCAGCAGUUAUCGAUCGCAUGUGUCUAAUGGCGUUCUCUUUCUUCACAAUACUCUGCACUUUUGGCAUUCUUAUGUCUGCUCCCAACUUCGUGGAGGCGAUCUCUAAAGACUUCUUCAGUUCGUAAAAAGAUCCAUAUUCGCUCAGCUAUUUUUUCAAAUGUUUCUUAUACACACGCCACUAUAUCUCUGUAAUGCACCGUUACUUCCACAACACUAGCAUGCGCAGUCAUGAGUGUUUUUGUAAGUAUACAGGUGAAAAAUCGCACAUCUUUUAAACUACCGUAAUUUCCGGACUAUAAACCCAAAUAUAAGCCGCACCCUCUGAAUUUUACAAAGAUUUUUAUUUCGAACAUAAAUAAGCCACACCUGUCUAUACUGAAACUAAUUAACUUUACACAGGCUUUAAUGCAAGACAGUUACACGGCUUGUUUCUAAACAGUAGCCUACCAAGAAAGUCAUUGUUCACUGUCUUCCUCCUUCCUUUCACAACUAUUUCUCUCUCGAGUUUAUCUUUUGGCAUCGUCGUGCGUUUAAAAAUCACCAUCGGUGAAGC